AAUAACGAGAAUCGAAGAGAAGACCGACACGAAACUUGUCUACUUCCCUCCGCCUCUGUCAUCUAUGUAAUAAAAAAUCCUAAGAAUAUUAUUUUCACAUUUGGAUCAGUUCCUUUGCUGGCGGUCUCUCGGUUGACUAUUCUGCUUGCAUAGAAAAACUCGCAUUGAAGUUUCUGAUUCUCUGAUUCUCUCUUUGCAAAGUAAGUGAGUGAAGGAAAGCAAAUUCCAACUGGUUUCGUUGAGUCCCGUUUUACAGCUUGCUUCGUUCUGUAACCAUGUCGAGAAAGAUGCUUAUCGAUGGAGAGGUGGGCAGCUCCAAUGAAGAAGAAGCGCAGUUCGAUUUUGAUCUGUUUGUUAUCGGCGCUGGAAGUGGUGGUACGCGUGCCGCCAGAUUUUCUGCUGGAUACGGAGCUAAGGUUGCAAUUUGUGAGCUUCCGUUUCAUCCAAUCAGCUCAGAAGUCGUCGGUGGAGUCGGUGGAACGUGUGUUAUUCGUGGUUGUGUUCCUAAAAAAAUUUUGGUAUAUGGAGCAUCUUACGGAGGUGAAUUUGAGGAUGCAAGAAAUUAUGGGUGGGAACUGAAUAAAAAUAUUGACUUCAACUGGAAAAAACUGCUUCAUAACAAGACACAAGAAAUAGUUAGAUUAAAUGGAAUAUACAAGCGAUUAUUGUCAAAUACUAGGGUUAAAUUGUUUGAAGGCGAGGGGAGGAUAAUUGGCCCCCAUGAAGUUGAGGUGAUACAGAUAGAUGGUACUAAACUGUGCUAUUCUGCAAAGCAUAUCCUGAUUGCUACUGGCAGCCGGGCCCAGCGUCCAUCUAUCCCUGGACAGGAAUUGGCCAUUACUUCUGAUGAAGCUUUGAGCUUGGAUGAGUUACCAAAGCGAGCCGUGAUACUGGGGGGAGGGUACAUUGCUGCUGAAUUUGCUUCAAUAUGGAAUGGGAUGGGUGCUACUGUGGACCUACUAUUCAGAAAAGAACUUCCUUUAAGAGGUUUUGAUGAUGAAAUGAGGGCUGUGGUGGCAAAAAAUCUUGAAGGCAGGGGAAUCAGAUUGCACCCGGGAACAAACAUAUCUGAGUUGAUUAAAACAGAGGAUGGCAUAAAAGUUCUCACAGAUCAUGGGGGAGAGUUGAUGGCAGAUGUUGUAUUGUUUGCCACUGGUCGGAUUCCAAAUACAAAGAGGCUGAACCUGGAAUGUGUAGGUGUUGAGCUUGAUGCCACUGGAGCUGUGAAGGUAGAUGAGUACUCCCGAACCAAUGUCCCUAGCAUAUGGGCUGUUGGUGAUGUUACUAACCGAAUGAAUCUUACUCCUGUGGCUUUAAUGGAGGCAACUUGCUUUUCGAAAACUGUUUUUGCCGAUCAACCUAGUAAACCUGACUACAACAGUGUACCUUGUGCUGUGUUCUGUAUACCUCCUCUUUCAGUAGUGGGCCUCAGUGAACAGCAGGCUAUAAAGCAAGCAAAGGGUGAUAUUCUGGUUUUUACAUCAACAUUUAAUCCAAUGAAGAAUACUAUCUCUGGGAGGCAAGAAAAGACAGUGAUGAAGCUUGUUGUUGAUGCCGAGACAGAUAAGGUUCUAGGGGCAUCCAUGUGUGGGCCUGAUGCUCCUGAAAUUAUUCAGGGCAUUUCUAUUGCACUGAAGUGUGGAGCAACCAAGGCACAAUUUGACAGCACGGUUGGAAUUCACCCUUCUGCAGCUGAAGAGUUCGUGACAAUGCGUUCUGUAACAAGGCGUGUUUCUGCAGGGAGCAAACCAAAAACAAAUCUAUGAGGAAAAGAGAUUUGAAAUGAUGGAGACCAUUUGGAAAAGAUUCUUUUAAUUUUUCUUCUUGUUGUUCCACAUCCUACACACCUGAUGGAAAUAAAAAAGAAGAGAGAAAUAGAUUGGGUAUUGCGACUCUUGUCAUUCUCAUCUCUUGAGACUUGAUAAAAUCUACACUACAUAUUAUAGCAGGGAAAGGGUGGCAUGACUCUCCCAAUGAUUUUGUAUUUUUUUUCAAAAAAUUGUAAAAUCAGAUUUGCAGUGAGAUUUGGUGUGUUUGUCUGUUUGUUUCCUCCUUUUUCUUUUUAUUUAUAUUUUGUUGAGAGAGAUGUUUUAUGUUAAUUCUUGGGAAGCAGGGUAAUCGAGUAAUUAUCAUAAACAUGCCAUUAUUGUACUUUGCACUUAUUCUCUAUUAAUAUAGGGAAAAUCUAUGAUGUAGAUAUGGUA